AGCAGGGCAGCGGCGGAGCUGGCCCGGCCGCGCCCGCCACCGCCAUGGACUGAGGGGCCGCGGCCCCGGUCCGGCCCGGCCGCCCCACGCCCAGCGGUGGCUCCCGCCAGGUGACAGUUUCCAAGAUGUCCCUCUGGAGCAUUGUCUCCCACAUGCCGCCGGAGGAGUUCAGUGGCCUCUUCACCAACUUUCCCCACAGCCUGCGCUGUCUCCUGGCCGACUGGCUGGAGAACCAGCCCUGGGAGUUCAUCAAUGGCUCCGAUGCCUUCUUCACCAGCGUGGCCAGCAAGAUGCUCUCAGCCAUGCUGGAGAAGCUGCACAGUGCUGCCAGCAGUGAUGGGCAGCAGUGCCAGAUCCUCCAGCAAGUCAGCAGCAUUGAGAAAACCUACCAGCAGGACCCUCUGCGCCUGGUGGCCGUCCUGAGAGCCAUCCUGGAGGGCGAGAAGGCUGCCGUGAUCAAGAGGGACCGACACCUUCCCCUCAGCUUCCACCGGCGCCAGGAGGAGCUGAAGUUCAGCCUGGGGCUGCAGCGGCUGCAGCACCGUGUCCGUGAGAUCCAGGCACUGCGGGAUGGCCCUGCUGCUGCUCUACUGCUGAACCCAAGGGACCCCCAGCUGAAGGCAGAAACAAAACCCCCAGAGAGUGAGCUCCCCACCUUGAUCCUGGAGGCUGUGAAAGAGCUGGAGGCAGCCAAGCAGCAGGUUCUGAAGAGGAUCCAAAUCUGGAAGAGGCAGCAGCAGCUGGCAGGAAAUGGAGCUGUCUUCGAGGAGAGCCUGGCUCCACUGCAGAAGAGAUGUGAGAGCCUGGUCGAGGUUCACUUCCAGCUGCAGCAGCAGGUGAUGGCAGCGAGCGCAGAGCUGGGUCCUGAGCUGCUGCCACGGCUCCUGGAGCGGUUUAACGAGGUGUUAUCCAGCCUUGUCAAGAGCUCCUUCCUGGUGGAGAAGCAGCCCCCGCAGGUGCUGAAGACCCAGACCAAGUUCCAGGCGAGUGUCCGGUUCCUGCUGGGCCCACAGCUGCUGAAGGUGUCACCCAAGCCCUACAUGGUGCGGGCUGACAUGGUGACGGAGAAGCAGGCACGGGAACUGACGCUCAGCACCUACAGCAACACCCUCAGCGAGAGCACAGGGGAGAUCAUGCAUAACGUGGUGGCCCUGGAGACCAACCCCACCAGCGGGACCUGCUGUGCCAACUUCAAGAACGUGCUGCUGAAGAAUCAAACGCUGCGAGCGAAGGGAUCGGAGUCAGUGACCAGGGAGAAGUGUGCUGUGCUCUUCAGCACCACGUGACCCCUGACCCCUGGAAACCUCUCAGUCCACUCCAGGGUCCUGUCUCUGCCCAUCGUGGUCAUCGUCCAUGGGAACCAGGACAACAAUGCCAAAGCAACCGUGCUGUGGGAUAACGCCUUCUCGGAGACAGUGAGACCGAGUGGCCGGUUCGUGGUGGCUGAGCAGGUGCCCUGGUGAGAAGAUGUGUGACACGCUGAAACCUUCAAGUUCAUGGCAGAGGUGCAGACCACCAAAGGGCUUCUCAAGGAGCAUUACUUCUUCCUGGCCCAGAAGAUCUUUAAUGAUAACAGUGCCAGAUUUGAGGACUUCCAGAACCGGCAGGUCUCCUGGGCCCAAUUCAACAAGGAGAUCUUGCCUGGUCGGGGAUUCACCUUCUGGCAGUGGUUUGAUGGGUCCUUGACCUCACCAAAGAGAAUGCCUCAAAAUUACUGGUCAGACAGGGUGGGUGCCCAGGAGCCAAACAGGCUCAUCAGCGGCUUCAUCAGCAAGCAGUAUGUCUGCAAGCUCCUGAGCACUGAGCCUGAUGGGACUUUCCUGCUCCGCUUCAGUGACUCAGAGAUUGGGGGUGUCACUAUUGCUCAUGUCAUCCGGGGCAAGGAUGGCUCCAGCCAGGUGGAGAACAUCCAGCCCUUCUCUGCCAAGGACCUGUCCAUCCGGUCCCUCGGUGACCGCAUCCGGGACCUGGGGCAGCUCCGCAACCUCUACCCCAACAUCCCCAAGGAUCAGGCUUUUGGGAGUCACUACAACAAAGAGCAGACAGGCAAGGACGUCCGGGGCUACGUCUCUGCAGCCAUCAAGAUGACAGUGGAAAGUGAAAGGGACCAGCAGCCCCUGACCACUGCAGGGGGCACCCCCGAGGCCCCCCCAGCUCACAUGUUUGGCCAGCCCAUGCUGCAGCCCAAUCUGCAGCAUCUUGAUAACAGGCACUCAGUGCUGAACCCAGUCUGCCCUCCUGCUCCUUUCUGCCCCCAGCCCAUCCCAACAGGCUACCCCACGGGUGAGAGCAACAUGAUGGUCCCCGACAACAUCAGGCCCUCCUUCCCCAGCACAUCACCGAUGCUCUCACUGUCCCUGGUCACAGACCCUGCUCUGCCCCCCUGCUCUGACCUUCCUGCCUUCAGGAACCCCUUGCCCUUCAUGCCCAACCAGUAUAUGCCAGGGGAGGCACCACAGCUGCUGUCUGGGGGUCCCCUGCCAGAGCCACAGGAUGAGGAGAUGCCCGAGACAAUGGCUGAGCCUGCCCUGUUCCCAUCAAUAGUGGACCCACUGCUGCAGAGCUCCCAAAGGUGGAUGCCACCGUCCAGCUUGGAGCUGCCACCUGGCUCCGACUUUGACCAGUUCCUUGAGAUGACCCUGGAGGCCCCUGCACUGUGUCCCCCCUUCACUCCCCCCCAGCAGCACAGCGGGUACCCCAGCCCCAACCCCUCUUGCUGGGGAAUGGGGGAGUCUCGGUGGGAUGACAGUGUCCGGCCAGGGCAUGCGUGAGAGGACUGGGGGACUGCUGGGGGGGCCACAUCAGACUGUGACACCAGCACCCCCCCCAGCCUUGUCUGAGUUCCUGCACUUGGCUUGUGCUGGGCUGAAAGCUCUGGCAGGGGAGGGGGGGAAUUUUCGGGGGGUGGGCAGCACUUUCCCCCCCCCCCUUGUGUAUAUGCUGCACUUUGGAGCACGGAGCCGCUGCCCGCCCACGCCCGGUGAGUGAGGGGGCGCGGGGGCCCUGACCCGCGGGGGGUGCCCGCA